GGUUACUGAGUAAAAAUACACAUCGUCUUCUUUGAAAGAUUCUCGAAGAAAGUCCGCCACCAGAAAGACCAUACACUUCGCUGACUUAAGAUGGAUCAUGAUUAUGUGAUUCAGAUAUGUGAUUCUCUUGGAGUUUGCCCAGAAGAAGCACUCUUAUACCUCGAAGGUAAGUGGAAUAUCCACGCCGCCAUGGAAGCUUGCCGAACCAAAACCUUGCCGUCCAUCAACGUUCCAUCUUCACAUUCGCAACCCUCCGCCGUGGAAGCUUGCCCGUCCAUCAACGUUUCAUCUUCACCGUCGAAACCCUCCGCCGUGGAAGCUUGCCCGUCCAUCAGCGUUGCAUCUUCACCUUCGAAUAAACCCUCCGCCGUGGAAGCUUGCCGCAACAAACCUCUGCCGUCCAUCAACGUCGCAUAUUCACCUUCGAAACCCUCCGCCGUGGAAGCUUGCCCGUCCAUCAACGUUGCAUCUUCUCCUUCUAGACACUCCCUAGAGGCACCUUUACUCAGUUCAGUGUCGCAAGCCACUUCCAAGAACGGGGAAAUCGAAAACAUAACUGAGCAAGAUUCGAGAGUUCCUAUGGUGAAUAUGCCAUUGCCAGCGCACGUAACACGGUGGUCGGCCUACGUCAAAACAUGCAAUGAGAUGAUUUUCUUUCUAACGGCAGCUGCUUUGGCUUAUUUACCGAUUAGGUUUAUGAUUGAUGAACAGAAGAAGUGCGGUGCCAACCUUAGAUUUCAAGAUUAUCUUGAGAUGGUCCUAGCUUUAAUUGAAGGGUUUCACAAGGUUGACCCUUUCAUUUUCUGUUCCUUUGCCUACGCCGGUUUCUACCUUUUGGCCUCAGGUUCCUUCUCACCUUUCACUGUGCGGGUGUUUGAGGCAUCAUCUAUUAUAUCGGGUUUCGCUAUGGUCUUCGUGGUGAUAAUAUAUCACCCAUUACUUUUUACGUAGGUCUGGCUUCAUUUGUCGUCUUAGUUGUCGUCACUACAUACCGUGAGUUUCGACGUGCAUGAGAAGAAAUCUAAACUUUGAACUUUAUGUGAUGUUUUUUACAAGUUAAU